UCAUAAAACAUCAAAAACUUCUAAACCAUUAAAAUCAUCAAAAUAUUCUACGGAUGCUUUUAUGAAAAAUUUUCUCAAUCAGCUUAAAGAAUUAUUUAAAAUUGCCCAACAACCAACGCCACAAUCACCUACACCAAUGGAACAAAUAAUGCAACAACAACAACAUCAUCAACAACAACAACAACAACAACAACUACAACAACUACAACAACUACAACCACAGAAACCUUUAAUUAAAUCAAAUCAUGCAACAGUUCGAUCAGAUUUUCCAACACAAAAUUGGGAUCCAAAUUAUUAUCAACGAAUGAUAAUGAAGAGAAGUUAUCCGCAAACAAAAUUUCCAAUGACAAAAAAUCGAACAAAAAACUAUGAUGAACGAUCACAACAAUAUUUACAACCGGUAAUCAAUAUUCAAAUACCAAUUAAAAAUGUUGUAAGACAUCAUCGUAAAGAACAACGAAGAAUGAGACCAAAACAUCAUUAUUAUUUGAGUGAACCAACAUCAAGAGUUGGACCCGGAGUAGUGACAAAAUUAUGUGAAAAAAUUCCACAAAUAAUUAGAGAAAAUUUAAAAGGAUAUCGAGAACAUCAUCAUCGAUCACCGAGAAGUCGACAUCGUGGAUCAAUAGUCGAACGAAGAAGAAAUCCAAUAUCACCAUUACGAUUAAAUGCCGGUGGUGGUGGUGGUGGUGUUCUUGGAUGGUCACCAUAUCAUAAAGCAUUAGAUCCAUGGAUGAGACAACCAACAUCAAACUAUCAACAACGAUCAACAAGAUCACGUCGAAAUAAAAGCAAAAAAUAUAAUGAUCGAAGCAAAAAUGGUAAUAGUUUGGCCGAAGAAAAUUUCCAAGAAUCUUAUUUAAAUAUUAAUUUUGAUAAUGAAUAAUAAUAUUAUUAGACACUUAAACUAAACAACAACAACAACAAAAAC